AAUCCCUUGUUCCAAGCUCCAGAAAAAUGAUUUCAUUUUUAUCCUUUGUUUCGCCUUUCACUCCAUUUUUGGGCACCCUUUUUGUUCUUAUCCUUGUGUUAGAACAGAACUCCUACUUGCGCAGGAAGCGAAAUGUCCCUGGUCCAAACAUGGUACUUCCUUUCUUGGGCAACGCAAUUCCACUAGUAAGGGAACCCACAAGAUUCUGGGAAAUUCAAGCUCACUUGGCUUCUUCUCUCGGAUUCUCUGUUAAUUAUAUCAUCGGCCGCUUCAUCGUCUUUAUCCGUGACACUGAAAUCUCUCACCUUGUCUUCUCCAACGUCCGACCCGAUGCUUUUUUACUCGUGGGACAUCCCUUUGGGAAAAAGCUUUUCGGCGACCAUAACUUGAUUUAUAUGUUCGGACAAGAUCACAAAGAUCUACGCCGUCAGAUCGCCCCAAACUUCACCCCCAGAGCUCUGUCAACCUACACCGCAUUGCAGCAGAUUAUUAUUCUCCAACAUUUAAAAUCGUGGGAGCGUCUUUCGGAGGAAUCACCGGGAAAGCCGAUUUCUCUCCGUCUUUUAGCUCGCGACAUGAAUCUGGAAACUUCUCAAACUGUUUUCGUUGGCAGGUAUUUGUCAAAUGAAGCUCGUGUCAAGUUCAGAGACGAUUAUAAUCUUUUCAAUACGGGUUUGAUGAAGCUCCCGUUUGAUCUCCCCGGAUUCGCGUUCCGUAACGCCAGGCUUGCCGUUGAGCGGUUGGUCGAAACGCUUACCGAUUGCGCUGCUCAAAGUAAAAAGAGAAUGUUCCAAGGAGACGAGCCUUCUUGUUUAAUCGAUUUUUGGAUGCAAGAAACUGUCAGAGAAGUCACGGAAUCCAAAACGGCGCAGCCUUCCGACUAUGAAAUUGGCAGUUAUCUCUUUGAUUUUCUCUUCGCCGCUCAAGACGCCUCCACUUCGUCGCUCCUCUGGGCGGUUUCCCUCCUCGACUCUCAUCCCGAUGUUCUCCGCAGAGUUCGCGAGGAAGUUUCGAGUAUAUGGUCGCCGGAAUCGGAUGUUUUGAUAACAGCGGAACAAUUGAGGGAUAUGAAGUAUACGCAAUCUGUUGCACGUGAAGUCAUAAGAUAUCGGCCGCCGGCGACUCUAGUGCCGCACAUUGCGAUGAAGGAUUUCCCGUUGACUGAGUCGUACACGGUUCCCAAGGGCACGAUUGUGUUCCCCUCGGUUUUCGAAUCAUCCUUCCAAGGGUUCCCGGAGGCGGACCGGUUCGAUCCUGAUCGGUUCUCAGAGGCUAGACAAGAAGAGGUGAUCUACAAACGUAACUACCUGGCGUUUGGAGCUGGGCCCCACCAAUGCGUGGGCCAAAGGUACGCCUUGAAUCAUCUGGUGCUUUUCAUUGCCAUGUUCGUCACUGUUCUCGAUUUCAAGAGGCACCGGACCGACGGCUGCGAUGAAAUCAUGUACUGCCCGACCAUCUGUCCCAAAGACGGGUGCAGCGUUUCCCUAGUUCGGCGGUGCCCACGUUAUCCGAAUCUCUCCCUUAAUUGACCAAAACACCCUUCCAUUUGUGUCCGUCUUUUCCGGUAAACUUGGUGCUGUCCGGUGGUUUGUCGCUUGCUGUGCACUUAUCACGUCCUUCAAGGCUGGAACAGUAAAAAAAACGUUUCACUGUGGUCAUUAUUAUUUUGUGUGGGGUGUAUAUACAAUUGAUGGACGGUUCCGAUAAUCUCUGCUUCUUCUUUGAUGAAUUGAUUGGAAACUUUGACUGGUGGUGGGGAUUGAUUAUCUGGGUUGGUGUUUUGGACUUCAAAUAAAAAAAAUGGUACUUCCA